ACAUACAUACAUACACACACAGACAGGACAAGUCAAUUUUAUUCCAUCCCGUUUCAGUGUAGAGAGAGACCUCCUCCGUGAAAGAACAAUGUCAGCAUUAAAUGGAAAAUGGUUGUUGGAUAGAAUUGAAAAUGGUGACGAAUUCUUGCAGAAACUCCAAAUCCCAGAAGAGGACAAGCAGAAAGCGAAAGUGUUUCUGGACCCAGCAAAUGAAAUAACUCAGGAAAUUGAAAUCAAUGGACAAAACCUGACCAUCAACAUCAGUGCCAAAAACGGCUGGUCUGAGGAAGACAGAGCGACGUUUGGGCAUCCUGUGGAACAAAGCCAUUUUGGAAGGGAAUUUACGGCAUUGUACAAGCUGGUAGGGGACACCAUUGAGGAGCAUCAGAAAGGCAUGUUUGAGGCUAACAUAACUAGGAAGGUUGAGAAAAGUGGAGAGCUUGUAAUGACAAUUGUAGCUGGAGAUGCACAUUGCAAGAGAAUCUACAAACGCCUAUAAAGUCAUUCUGUGACACCAGAGUGCACACUGGAGCAGAUGCACCACAACAACAACAACAACAACAAUACCAACAACGUCUAUAACAGCCACAACAACAACACCAACAACUACAACACUGACACCUCUUCUAAGGCAGCAACAGCAAUGACAGCACUCGAUAAGGAAACUUCUAUGCUAGAAACAACAGCCAACUCCACCUCAAUUCACAGCCCACUGUUUAAGGGGACACAAGACAUGUUGGAUAAUGUAGUCCAAGAUGGACUUUGCCCAUAGAAAUGACAGUAUGCUCAUGGAUGGAUUGCCUUUGAUGAGUGAUUUACUCAAUCAGAGCUGGCUCGGGGUUAAACAACAAUGAUAAGAAUGUCAAACCAAUGAUAGAGUUCCUGUAUUCAGUUACAUCUCUGCUAGAAAUAACAGCUAAAUCUCCUUUAAUUUACAUAUGAACAUUUAAAAAAAAAAGAUCUAUGUAUUGGAUAAUGUAGUCUAGGAUAUGUAUAAUACUGAUGGGAUGGUCAUAGAUGGAACGUCUUUGGGCAUAGGUUUAUUUCCACAAGGCUGGGCUGUGAUGUAAAACUGCUUAUUUCAUCACUGCUAACCCCCCCCCACCCAUCAGUUGCACAACCAGCACAAAACAAGGAACCCUCUAUGACCUGUUAGAAACAGCAGCUGAAUCAUCCUCGUAUCAAACCCUGCUGCCUUAGAAGUAGAGAUAGACGGGAUGAUGUAGUUCUAGAUAUACAAAAAAA